UUGCGUCCUUCAGUGCCGCUAGCGUUUCGGGCGUAUUCCAAGCCAGUCUUUCGAGUGAAUUGGCUCAGCAAACUCGAGAUGGUUCCAACUCUGACACGAUCAACACCGCAUUUGUGUCUCCAUCGGAUCCUCGUAUCGAAUAUGAUCCCGCAAGCGCAUGGCAAGAUACCUCUUCCACUUCUGGAGUCGGAAGCUGCAACAACGCAACCAGAGUCACUACGCAAGCUAAUGCCAGCUUCAAGUUUGUCUUUGAGGGAUCUAUCAGCGUUUCGGUCGAUGGAGAGAGCGCUUCUACCGUGAAUACAGCCGGAGGAACAAGCACCAAUCAAUGCGUUUCCUCUCAAGUCUACUCCCGAAGCGAUCUCCCAGAGAAACCGCACAUCAUCAUUGUCAAGAACGCCUUGAAUGCCCAAGGAAGCAGCGGUGGAAAGCUCGAAUUCAACGGAAUCACGUAUGUACAUUUCAUUUUACACUGGUCUACGUUUACUCAUAACACCAAAGUUAUACUGGAAAGGGAGCGUUCGGCACGAACGGCAACCCAUCCUCUGGCAACAAGAAAGAAGAACAAGCAAGCGGGCCAACCGGCGACCCCGGCCCCAACCACCCCCAACCAACCCAUCCUCUUCUCGCCAAACCCAGGUCAACAAGCUCCAUACUCUCCACCCAUGCACACUGGUUCACCCCCAAUGAGCGAAUACAAUGCUUAUGGCGGCAUGCAACAACCACCACCAGGCUCAUACCAGAUUCCACCUUCCCCUGGACAAAGCGGAUGGGGAUCGCCACAGCAGUAUCCUCAGCAAAUGUAUCAGGAUCCCGCCCGUCCUGUCAGCGGUACCAGUGGCGCAGGUAUGGCGCCGCUCCCCAUGUGGGUCGAGCGAGCACAGGCCCCAAGCGGGGAAGGCGGAAUGUCCACUACUUCUGCAACUUACAGUGGUCCUCCUUCUCAUCCCCCUUACCAGGGUGGUUACCAACAACAAGGGUACUAA